CGCCAGUCUGCCUUUAACCUAUUAAAAGAAAACGGCUGGUAUUUAUCAGCAUGAGUAGAACAAGCCUGUUGCAAUCUACAGGAAUUAAAUUAGAAACUGAAUAUUUAAAAAUAGCUUCUACUAAAUCAUUAUUCUAGGCCUUUGCAUGGUAUUGAUUCUGCUUAUAUAUUUAAUAGUGCCUCAUUUGUACAACAAGAAUACUCCCGAGUUUUUGGGCUAUAAAGAAAAACCUCAACAAAACAUAUCUACAUAACUCUGCAAACAUCUGCUCUGCAUUUGCAGUGAAAAUGGUAUGAUUGGUGCCAGUAUCCUGUGUGUGUAUCCAUCGUUCAGACAACUAUCAAUAUCCUAAGUGAUGAUGGAAGACUCUUCCCACUUGUACAUCUCUGAACUUGGAGACAGGGAGGACACACAUGAACAAGAUAUCAGCUGGGAGCACAUAUACUCUCACAAGCUACCUAUUGAAGCUACAGAUCAAGACGCUUUGGUCUGCCAGCACUGUAACAAAUGUUUUACCUGCAAACAAGGCUUGGAACAACACAGGCACAUUCAUCAUCCUUGCAAAUCUUUAGAGAACAUAUCCACAACAAGUACGGACAAACGGCACCAAGAGUGCAGGACCCAUGAUAACCAACUGCAGCCUGCAACGAAGGAAAAUGCAGAGCUAUUGCAUGAGGAAAUUACUCAAGAGUUACUAAGUGAAUCAUUUCAAGAACAGACCCAGACCAAGAAAACUGUUUCAACAGCUGUUUUGGAAGAUAACGGAGAACAAGAGGAGCAAUACAUGCUAGACGUAUCUAGUGAUAUUUCAGAGAAUCUUAGCUUUUACAUUGAUGGUAAGAUACUGUCAACAAGUACAGUAAACAACUGUGAGAUGGAGAUCUGCUCUGGGUCCUCCACUUUAGUUGGACUGGAUGCCCUAAUUGUGAGCCCGGCCCAGAUUAGCCAAGUCUUAAACACAGAUUCAGAAAUACCUGGUCAACAACAAUCCAAGAGAAGAACCGCAACUCCGCCUCUCCUACCGGAGAUCAAAACUGAACUGCAGUCUGAGGUGGUCGUGUCAUCAUCCUCGUCAUCACUUCUGUCGUCGUUGAUUGAGAAUCUGUUCCCUCAGAAUACAGAGUCUGCGAUCAUUCAGGAAGAACACACGGUGUUCCUGUCUCCAAAACUUAAGCAGCUUCUUGAGAAGCAGGAGGGUUUUAAACCUACAAUGGCCCUCAUCACUGAUGGACAGAAGCCUUCAUCACACGUCUCACUCUCUGUCCUACCCUGCGGGACAGGAAAGUUUAGGAGAAGAACUGGCUCUCCAACUGGGUCCCCACAGCAAAUUCAAGCAGCAAAUGAAGAAACAGGAGAGCCACAUCCAUUAGAUUUAGGUGAUGGAAGUAAAAGACAGAUUGAGGUUCACUGUAACACACCUGUCCAACAAACAGGAACCGAGAAUGAUGAUGCAACUCAAUCUGUUACAGUCCCAGAAGGGAGUCCUGUUUUGUCAGAGAACUGGGCCCCUACGACUGGUGGUAAUCCCUGUAACCAGCAACCCCUGGAUCUCUCUAAUACAGUCAAGAGAAACGAAGAUGUAGCAUUAGCUGAUGCUGCGCUAGAUUUGAGUUUACAAAGAAAGAGCCCUGGUGAACCUGAACCUAUGUUUAAGGAUUCAAAUUCAAAUAUGGGGGAAAAUGUCUUAAUAAAAAGUGAAGAUCAAAAAAUAAGCCCGCUGAAUCCUAAAACUCCUGUGGUUACAGACUUAACUCUUGUAACAGGUUCAGAUGUUGUGAGCCCACUUGAGAAUGUUGCUGAGGGGCUUGUUUAUGGACUUACCUUACCCCCAAAUUCUCUGACUUCAUCAACUCUUACCCCUCUGGAACCGUCUGCAUCGUGCGCCAUAGCAUUUGCUUCUCCAGUCACUCACACUGUACUCCCUUCUGCUCCCUCAUUAAUUACAGUUUUGGCACCACCUCCAUCUAUUUCCAGCUCUUCACACCAACCAAUCCAGGUACUCGCCCCAAACCUGUCUCCUGAGCCCUUGGUAAUCUGUGGAGAAAAUGCAUUAAAUUCUUCUCAGUGUGGUUUAACUUCUGCGUUUGCCUCUGCUAACUCGGCAAACAUUGUCACUCUCUCCCAGCCACUUGACCCAAGUCUGAACCUACCUAGCCACGUGUUUCUCACUGAUCAGAUUUCACUCAACCCAUCAAUGGUUGAAUCUGUUCCUGUGUCAGAAGUGCCGUUCCCAUCCACUGUAACCUUAAAUGAUUCUUUACUCAACAUAGCUGGCAACACUGUCCUAAUAGAGUGUACAAUAGCUCUUGAAUCUUCAGGAGGUGUUGUCACAACUGCAGUGAAUUUACAGAAGAAUUCUGCCGAGCCUCUAGCACCUAACCAGAUGGUAAUUAAUCACAUAGAACAGCAACAGUUUGCAUCCUUGCCAGACCCUCAAACUGUGGACCCCGCUGUUCUUGUGUCUUCCAUCGCAGAAUCUGUAACCCUGACACCUAACACCCCAUUGGUGUUUGAUUCCCCUCCUGUGGCAGACUCAAGACCUGGUCCAGAACCAGUUGUUGGUCCAGAGCUUCCUAUGAAAAAAGUUGAGGAACUAUCUGAUAAGAAUGUUUCUUUGGCUGAAACUUCACCUGAAAGGUCUCCUUCCCCUCCUCCUGACAAAGCUGAAGAAGAGCCCGUAAAUGACAUUGCAGUUGAUGCAGAAGAGCAGACUUUCACCAAGAAUUUCAUCUGCAAUGUGUGUGACAAGCUCUUCCAUUCAAUGAAAGAACUCAGCCAUCAUGUAUCUGAGCACGCUGAUGAUUGGCCCUACAAAUGUGAGUUCUGCGUGCUGCUCUUUGGCAAGCCAUCAGCGCUGCUCGACCAUCGAUCGAACCUCCAUGGUGUUGGAAAGACUUAUGUUUGCAGUGCAUGUACAAAAGAGUUUGUCUACCUUUGCAAUCUGAAGCAGCAUCAAAAUGAACUGCAUCCUGGCCAGCAGUGCUCAUACACAGAAGAAGAAAAGGGUAAACUAAGACCGCAGAACUACAAUAACACAAUUAAAAUCAACACAGAUUCUUCAGUCACAAAAUCACCAGAGGAAUCCAUAAAAUCAGUGAAAAAGGAAGAAUGUGAAGUCGACAUGGCUGCCGGCGAGCUCUUCACAACAAUUAAGAUCAUGGCUUCGGAUGGAGGUAAAAUCAAAGGGCCUGAUGUUCGUCUUGGCAUAAACCAGCAUUAUCCGAGCUUCAAGCCGCCUCCUUUCCCUUACCAUAACAGAUCCCCUGCUGGGUCACUUGCUUCAGCUACAAACUUCACCACCCACAAUAUCCCACAAACCUUCAGUACAGCUAUUCGGUGCACCAAGUGUGGGAAAAGUUUUGACAACAUGCCAGAGCUACACAAGCACAUCUUAGCUUGUGCAAAUGCUAGUGACAAGAAGCGAUACACACCUAGAAAAAAUCCUGUCCCCUUACGCCAUUUUGCAAAAACUCAGAAUGGAGUUCUGUCUAUGACAAAUUCUGCUAACGGACUAAAUACUUCAGUGAGAGUCAGUCAAGCAAACCGGUCCAAACCAAGUCAAGAUCCACCAGUCAGGAUCAAAAUACUUAAAAGGAAAAAGAAGUUUGUCCAGAGGAUAAUGCCACAUAGAAACAAGUCGAUUUCUUCAGCAAAUAAACUGUCACCUGCACAGGUAGAUAUCUUUGUCUGCCCACACUGCAGCAGGGAGUUCACAAUGCGCCGCAGCAGAACCAAACACAUGGCUGUCUGCCCCAAAAAACCUCAAGAGAUGAAGAAAAGGAAAGAGGGAGGGAUUUCUCUCACAAAAGAAAACAACGAACACUCGCAUCGAGGAGUUUCCCAUUUAAAAGAGAAACUGCAAGCCCUGCCUCGGCAUAACACAAGACUUCAGACAUCUGGCUCUACAAAGAGGCCCGCCAUUCUCCCAGUGCAAACCGUCUUCUCAAACAAGCGAAGUAAAAUCAUUAUUAAAGAGAGCCUACAGCCGAAGCCAGAGGCGCCCACACUGGCAGAAGUUCCCAUUCGCACUUUCAACCCCUCUAUGCGGCAGUACAGCAGAGUACAGCACAGCAUCAAAGGAAUUCCCAUUAAAAUCACUAUUGUGAAGCCUCCACAGAGUGUCCCUCAGAAAGAUGAAUCUGCUGCCUCCUACAUACAAGAAGUAGUACCUGGAACCAUUAAUGGCUCCUCUCAGAAGAAAACCUCAGCUUGACGACAUAAAUCAUAAUCUACAAUAUGCAGGACUCUGCUGAAUGAACCUCUUUCCAUUAUUCUAUAGGGAGAAGUGCUCACACUGGAAACCCAGUAGACUUGUAGGCUGCAUAAUGUUGUACAGUAAAUGACUGAAUACAGAACAGAUAAAACAGACCCGUUUGUGGAGUGAGAGUGUGUAUACAAAUGUGUGAAUGCCAUUUUAGUUGUUUGGGAUUUUGAGAAAAAAGAUUUCUUCGUCACGUAAGCUUGCUGUCAACAGCUUGGGAGUUGCACCUGAAGUUAUUCAUGCUGCUUCAUGCCACAAAUUGGAAACGGGGAUCUGAUGAACUGAGCUGCUCACAUUUCCUUCUUGAUGGGUGGUUUAGAGAGCAUGGCAGAUUGCAAUAAUUUCUGGCAUGCAUUUGCACUUUUUCUUGUUUGUACUUUGUUGCCUUUUGGUUUAAAUUCUUACUGCAUGCUGUCUGUGAGCUUCUGUUCUUGCUAUAUUGAUUUAAGAUGUAUUAUGUUGGUGGAGCCAGGGCUUCAACACUGAAUCUGAUCAGAAACCUUUGCUCCGGUGGGUAAAACAAUCUGAGUAACUAGGCGGCUCAUUCACUGUUAGAAAAUUGCAAAUGUGGAUAAUUUCUUUCUGAAGUUUAAAUAACAGAAUUUGAAAAACUAGUACAAUACAAUGUAACCUUGUCCCGAAGCUUGACAUUUAAAGUCCUGUUAAGUUUGCUAAUCAUGAAUUGUUAGAAAUAUAGUUGAGAUAGUAUGUUUUCCAUGAUUGUUGUGAAUGUAACAUCUACUGAAAUUACUGCUACAGGCUUUUUGGACACCCAGCUGCUACUGAAUAAGUUUAAAUAGAAUGCUCGUGUGUUAUCAGAUUUAUUUAAAAUAUAGCAAAAUACAGCAUGACAGUGGUGAAAAUGUAUCAUCUUUAAAUGUUUCUCAGAUUGAUAAUUUAUGUUGCUGCUUUAACAAAUUAUAAACCAUUUUCUUAUUGAAAUUUACUUUCACAUCUGAUCUUUGUGUAACUUGUUCAGAAGUUAUGGCGUUGCAUGCCAUAUGAAACUUAAGCGCAAUAAUGCGCAUUUUCUUUGUAGCCAAAUGUGUAUUUACAGAUUGGUGUAAAUAAAUUCUCUACAUCUGAGAAAUCUUGCCAUUUGAUGCAUUUGCACUGCAACCCUAAAUAGAAGUACCGUGUUUAUAUUAUGUGAAACUGGUUUAAUCUUUGACAGAACCAGUCCCAAUAUUAAGCAUCUGUGCAUUUUCAUCUGAUAUACUGAUUUGUUUUUAUGCUUUGUUUUGCACAUCUUCCCACAUAUACUUACCAAAACUUUGUUUUGUGGUGUUUUGUUUCCCAUACAGUGAUUGGAGGGCUAAUGUAUUUGUUUUCAUCUGGAACAUAAAAGCACUUCAGUUUUGUUUGUACCUUCUAAAAAUUGGUUUUGGCUAGGAGGCAAUAUUCUUGUGGGGUAUAAAAAAAUUUUUGUUGCAGUGUCCCAAAUCAAGUAUUUGUUUUCUUUAAGAGUUUAUUUUCUUAUACCAACUAAAAGUUUGAAAAAUAACUGCUAUACAGGGUAAUUAUUUAGUCAUCUAAAACUUGACAACUGUCUGUAUCUGUUUAAUUUCUCUUCUGCCUGAGCUAGUAUUUUUUUCUUUGGUUCUGACUGUAACCUGUUGGAUGUACAGGAUCGAUUGGGAGACUGAAGCUGAACUGUGAAAAGUGCUUGUAGCAUUUCAAAAUGUAAAUUGACUUAUGUAUAUUUAUUAAUAAUUUAAAAUCAUGUUCUUGAAUGAUUCCUCUGUAUGAUUUGCACUAAAGGUUUUUGGGUUUUUUUCAAGCAAGUGUUCAAUAAAUUGAGAACGUCAAUUGAAAAUGUGAA